GAAGAAGAUGACGUGAUGAGAAUCAGAGGGAGAACAAGAAGAAGAGGUGACAUGCGACAGGUUGUUAAUGUGCAAGAAUGUCACGCACAUCUAUUGUUCUCUCGCUGCGAGUUUUAGACCCGGUUGGGGCUAGGAAGAGGAGACGAGAAGUGUGACAGCUUACAACAACUGAAUUUAUCUUAGGACUGGUGGAUCGAUCGAUAUGUUAGGAUGCUGCCAAUGCAGCAACGGAAUACGUUGUUAUUUGGCCUUUUUUCUUUCCAGAUUUUCUCCAUCUUAGCACUCAUGGUUCAUCUUCAUCAAGUGUCUGAAACGAAACCUCGUGUACAUGCUGAUGGAGGGAGCCUCAUGCGCUCUGGCAAUCACAGACAGAUGCUCGCCCAGCUUGAGUACCAGCAGAGUAUGAGGGCUCGAGUCGUAGAGCCUCAUGUCGUAGAGCCUCAAGUCGUAGAGCCUCAUGUCCUAGAGCCUCAUGUCCUAGAGCCUCAAGUCGUAGAGCCUCAUGUCCUAGAGCCUCAAGUCGUAGAGCCUCAUGUCCUAGAGCCUCAAGUCCUAGAGCCUCAUGUCCUAGAGCCUCAAGUAAGGAUGCCGCAUGUAGUUUGGCCACAUGUUUUUGGAGAUGAAAUUCUUUCGACAAGUGGAGGUCCACCAGGAUACUUGGACCAGGAUGGGAAAAGUUUACUUCGGGGUUUGGACCAAGACUCCAGGGAUGGCACAGAGAGUGUUGGCAGAUUGCAAGGACAGUUCAAGACCUGAAGGAGAUUGAUGCUAUCUUCUCUUUUUAUGCAUGUAAAUUGUUGUAUACUGGAACUGUUUGUUCAGAGUGAACAAGAGUGAACAAUUAUAACCUAAACUGAAGCAUUCAGACGCUCAACGGGGUAUAGAAUUGGCAUAGACACGCGACAACAGCCGAGAAUCUGCUCAGCAUAACAUCUAAUGAUUGGAAGUGUAC